CCGAUUUCUGUACGGGCUGCCAGGAACAACCCCACUCUGCUUGGAUCACCGUCACCGACCACACGGCUUGCAAAAAUGCCUUCCACACCGACGAUCCGUGCACGCAACAACCAGUACAAGGAGAACAUCCACAAGCGUGGGAUGGUCAAGAAGAGCGAGCAAAAGGAGGAGGACGUCAAGCCUCGCCUGGAUCCGUACCUGAUGGCCUUUAUCGCCUUUGUGGUCAUUGGUUCAGCUGUCUUCAGCAUCUUCAGCCGUCUCUGAGUCCAUGUCGAUUCAGAAGCAGUCCCCACUGUCGUCCCAAUCCUGGGAGCAUGAUCUUGAAUACAGCCGCUUGACGUCCCUGAUGAAAA